UAAGUAUUUCACAACAAAUCUUUACAAAAAUCCAAGCAUUCAGUACUGCCAUGACCAUUUCCAAAGCUCUGAUUUCUUCACUUCUCCUGUGUCUUCUUUUUCUUCAUAUAGUUGAAGCUGAUCAAAUGGUAAAAAUUAGCAGCACUAGUGGUGCAGGGAGUACUCCCCCUGAGAAAAUUGACUGUGGUGCAUCUUGCACCACCAGGUGCCAGUUAUCGUCGAGGCCGCAUCUCUGUAACAGGGCAUGUGGGACUUGCUGUGCCCGGUGCAACUGUGUUCCUCCCGGUACUUACGGUAACUAUGAGACCUGUCCUUGCUACGCCAACAUGACCACCCACGGCAACAGACGCAAGUGUCCUUAAAUUUAAAUAAAAUUAAAAUAAGGAAAUUAAAAAAUAAUAAUAAAAAUAAAAACACUAAGGAAUAUAAGUGUAUCAACCUAUAUUCAAAACCUACAAAUAUGGUGUGUGUGUGUAUAUAUAUAUAUAUAUAUAUAUGUAGAUGUUCUAAAGUUUAAUGGAAUAAAGAAGUUUGUGACUUGUAUCUUAUUUCUUGUUCAUGGGCAUUAUUAGAAGCAGAGGAAAGGAAAGGAAAGUGAACAGAGAUGUUUUGUAACUUUCUGCUUCUUGGUUUGUGAGCUUUAUUUGAAAGCAGAGGAAAUGAA